AAUUAAGAAAUUCAUUUUUUAUUAUAUCACACAAUCAUGGAUUAAACUGGUUUGAGAGCAGUCAUUUUAGGUGCUUCUGGAGCUGUUGGAAGAGUAUAUUCAUUCAUUAAAUAACAAAGGAAUUAGUAAUAGAAUUGACCAACUCUCCUAAAUGGGCUGAGGUUGUUGUAAUUGUUCGUAGGAAAUUAGAAUAAUGGGAUACAUUACCAAGUAAUUUUGAUAUAAUAUAUUACAGAUAAACACAAAUUAAGAAUAACUUAAGUUGACAACUUGGAUACUCUUGAGAAGACUGAAGAAUGGAAGAAGUUUGCCAAUUAUAACACAUUCUUUUGCGUCCUUGGAUCUCGAGUAAAAGAGGGCGAUGCUCAAUUUACAAAGGUCGAUCUCACUUAUCCAAUCUAUGGAGGUAAUAUAGCCAGAGCAAAUGGUAUUCACUUUAGUUUAAAUUAAUUAGCAAUUCCUCAUUAUUCCCUAUUAACUUCAAUAGGAGCUGAUAAAGGAUCUAUGUUUCUCUACACAAGAGUAAAAGGACUUGUUGAAGAGGCUUUGACUAAAUAAUAAUUUCCCUAUUUGACUAUUCAUAGAGCAGGAGCCAUAUUAAAUAGAGUAAAUGAUGAAAGAUUUGGAGAGACACUCCUUAAAUAUUUGCCAUUUAUUGAUAAAAUAGAAUGCAAAGAUUUAGCCAAGGCUUUGAGAGUGGAUGCUGAGAAAGCAUAUAUUGAUUUGUAGAACCCAAAUUAGAAGGAUUUUACUGUUAGAUUAAACACAAACAAAAUGUUAGUAGAUUUUUCAAAAUUAUGAAAAGAUAUAUUAAUGAAUUUGUUUAUAUUUUUAUGAAAAUAAAAAUAUAA